AUUCAUAAUGCGGACAGAAGUGAUAUUUUUGUUGUUGGUUUUGAUUGCUUACUUGAUAGAGGGGAAAGCCAUAACUAAUAAUCAUAAAAAAAAACAUGUGGCUUCUAAGGUGCAAGAAGAGUACAAAUCAUUGGUUGAAUCUGUUCAAAAAGAAAAAUCUAGAGUAAUCGAGUCAGAAAAAAAGCAUCCAGGUAAAAAACUAAAUACAAAAUUAACGGAAAACAAUCGUAGUAAAGAAAGUUCUGUUGAUAACGAAAAAGUACAACCUCAUGUUCAACUGCAUGUUCCAAGCAAAGUAACAUCAAAUGUCGGAAAACAACAAAGAAAAACUAACAGUACAUCAAACAAGAAAGAGAAAACUGAAACUUUUUAUGAGACGGAAAAUUCAGGUCAAGAAAGUUUACAGAUCGAAAGUUCUUCGUCGGGAGAAGAAAGCAACCGAACAGUAUCCGAAAACAACCGAACAGUAUCCAAAAAAAAAGAAGACGCAUUUGUUGGAAGUGGAGAAGAUGAACAUGUUUCUCCUGAAACACGAUCAGACGCAGAAAAUGUUAAGAUGCCUCUAUCGCCACCAGUCCCACCAAAAAAAAAACCAAGUCCACCGCCAGCUCCAAAUAACCCUUAUGCACCAGUUCAUGUGAGUCAGCCUGGUAUGAAUGGAUAUCAACAAAUAAAUCCUGAUGGAAGUAUCUCUGGAUCAUUUAUUUUUAGUCCAUAUACAGAAAGUGCAUGUGCUCCUUCAUGCCCAGCGUCUUGUUCUCCUGACUGUUCUCAGCAGUGUUGCACAGGUCCAAUGCUACCAGCAGCGCCUCCCGCAAAACCAGUAAAAUGGUUUGAAAGACCAAAAUAUGAGCCAGGUCCAAAUUAUCCACCACCGGCUGCUCCUCCAUACCAACCAUUUAAAGUUUGUUCACCAUCAUGCCCCCCACCACCACCACCGUGUUCAUUACCUAGUUGUCCAUCCACUCCAUCUUGCGUUUUAUGCAACCCACCUCCUCCUCCUCCACCUCCACCACCACCACCACCACCACCUCCUCCACCACCACCUCCACCACCAUGUCAACUAACGUGCCCAUUACAAACUCCUCAAUGCAUGGGAUUAGGUUGUCCACCACCAUCAAGUCCAUGUAUUCCAUGUGCACCUGUAUCUCUACCGUGCCAAGCAUAUUGCCCACCUCCUCCACCACCUUGUAUGGGCCAAUAUUGCUCACCUCCUCCACCACCUUGUAUUCAAUGUUCUUUUCCUCCUCCUAUGCAAUCACCACCUUGUCAAACAAGUUGCCCUCCACCGCCUCCACCUUGCAUGACAGGUUCUUGCCCACCACAAAACAUUCCAUCAUGCGUUUUAUGCUCACCUCCAUUACCAGUUGGGUGCACAAGUAGCUGUACCCCUACGUCAUGUUUGGUCGGAUGCCCAGCACACUGUUGUGCAAAGUAUGUGAUUCCAGCAAAGAAAUCUUUAAUGAUACAAACAGCUGGCAAGCGACAUUUGAAAAAGAAAAGGUUAUCUAAAAAAUCUGUGAAAGAAUAAUAGAAAUUUUAAUAAAAAAAUUCAAAUAA